UGCACUGUGGGUAGGCGGCGGUGGCUGCGGCGGCGGCGGCGGCGGCGGCGGCGGCGCUGAGGGCCCGCGGCCGAGGGAGGCGGUGCGCGGAACGGAACAUGGCUGAGAAGCAGAAGCACGAUGGGAGGGUGAAGAUCGGACAUUACGUGCUGGGGGACACACUGGGCGUCGGCACCUUCGGCAAAGUGAAGAUUGGAGAACACCAGUUGACAGGCCAUAAAGUGGCAGUUAAGAUCUUAAAUAGACAGAAGAUUCGCAGUUUAGAUGUUGUUGGAAAAAUAAAACGAGAAAUUCAAAAUCUUAAACUCUUUCGUCAUCCUCAUAUUAUCAAACUAUAUCAGGUGAUCAGCACCCCAACAGACUUUUUUAUGGUGAUGGAAUAUGUGUCUGGAGGUGAAUUAUUCGACUACAUCUGUAAACAUGGGCGGGUUGAAGAGGUGGAAGCCCGGCGGCUCUUUCAGCAGAUCCUGUCUGCUGUGGAUUACUGUCACAGGCAUAUGGUUGUCCAUCGGGACCUGAAACCAGAAAAUGUGCUUCUGGAUGCUCAGAUGAAUGCUAAGAUUGCUGACUUUGGACUAUCUAAUAUGAUGUCAGAUGGUGAGUUUCUGCGAACCAGCUGUGGAUCACCAAAUUAUGCAGCACCUGAGGUCAUCUCAGGAAGGCUGUAUGCGGGUCCCGAGGUUGAUAUCUGGAGCUGUGGCGUUAUCCUGUAUGCCCUUCUCUGUGGCACCCUCCCCUUCGACGAUGAGCACGUGCCUACACUCUUUAAGAAGAUCCGAGGGGGUGUGUUUUAUAUCCCGGAAUAUCUCAACCGCUCUGUUGCCACUCUGCUGAUGCACAUGCUCCAGGUGGACCCCUUGAAGCGAGCAACUAUCAAGGACAUCCGAGAACAUGAAUGGUUUAAACAGGAUUUGCCCAGUUAUCUAUUUCCUGAAGACCCCUCCUAUGAUGCUAACGUCAUUGAUGAUGAGGCUGUGAAAGAAGUAUGUGAAAAAUUUGAGUGUACAGAAUCAGAAGUAAUGAACAGUUUAUAUAGUGGUGACCCUCAAGACCAGCUUGCGGUGGCUUAUCAUCUUAUCAUUGACAAUCGGAGAAUAAUGAACCAAGCCAGUGAGUUCUACCUCGCCUCUAGUCCUCCAACUGGUUCUUUUAUGGAUGACAGUGCCAUGCAUAUUCCCCCAGGCCUGAAACCACAUCCUGAGAGGAUGCCACCUCUUAUAGCAGACAGCCCCAAAGCACGGUGUCCUUUGGAUGCACUGAACACAACUAAGCCCAAAUCCUUAGCUGUGAAAAAAGCCAAGUGGCAUCUUGGAAUCCGAAGCCAGAGCAAACCAUAUGAUAUUAUGGCUGAAGUGUACCGAGCUAUGAAGCAGCUGGAUUUUGAAUGGAAGGUAGUGAAUGCCUACCAUCUUCGAGUAAGAAGAAAAAAUCCAGUGACUGGCACUUAUGUGAAAAUGAGCUUGCAGCUUUACCUGGUUGACAAUCGGAGCUAUCUUUUAGACUUUAAAAGCAUUGAUGAUGAGGUGGUAGAGCAGAGGUCUGGUUCCUCAACACCUCAGCGGUCCUGUUCUGCUGCUGGCCUGCACAGACCACGGUCAAGCUUUGAUUCCACCACAGCUGAGAACCCCUCACUCUCGGGUUCCCUCUCUGGCUCUUUGACUGGAAGCACUUUGUCUUCAGCUUCCCCCCGCCUGGGCAGUCACACCAUGGAUUUUUUUGAAAUGUGUGCCAGUCUGAUCACUACUUUAGCUCGUUGAUAAUCUACCACUGGUUUCUGUCUUUCUGUUACUACACUGUGAAAAUCACAUAUACUCUUUAAAUUAGUAUCUCACUUUUGGGUAUUACAUACUCUGCAAUAUGAAUUGAUGUGAAUAUCCCCAGGUGACAUGCCAUGUAUUGAAAUUACCAGAAACACAGAAGUCUGGCACUUUGUUUACUUUUAGAACUCUAUUAUUCUACUGUGCCUAUGAUAAAUUUGAAUAUAGGUAGUACCUUUAAUGGAUGAGUGCUGAUGUUUGCUAAUUCAUACUUGUGAGUUCACUACACAUGAUGAGCACCCUUCACUGAUGAACCAGCUAAUUUAGGAAUGGUGUGGUACCUUCUUCCCUCAUGUGUAGUGCACAAAAAUCCAGUUUGCUUUCUAAAUUUCAAAAGGUGUUAGACUAUCUAGGCACCCAGUUUUCUUGCACAAGAAGAUCAAGAAAUAGAACGUGCUGAUCAAAUAUUUAAAUAUAGAAAUCUGAAAAGCCUGUCCCCCUAAAUAUGAGAAACCAAAUUCUUUUUAAUGGUUUCUGAAAAUACUGCCUAGUAUUAGCCAGAAAGACUGUGUUUCUGUGAACAGGUGCCCAGUAUCUAGACUUUUCAACAUUUGUACAAGGCCCUAGUUAAAUCCCACCACCACCAAGCAAGACAAAACCGUGCAAAAAUAGUACACAGUUAAAUGAAACGAGGCAAAAUACCAACAACCCCUUAAAGGAAAUUCUAUUCUGAUCUUCUAUUUUGUGUUUAUGGGCCUGGGGUAGGGCUCACAUGGGGUGGGAGGCCAGGAGGUUAUGACCUUCUGACGUCUUCACUAAUUCACCUGAGGUUUAAGUUGUUAUUGAUGCCACCUCCUUCCUCAGUAACCAUUGUCUUUGUUCAUUGGUUUUCAAUCUUUUGUUCCCUUUCUUUAGUCUUUAGUUCAAAACCCUGUUUUGUCCUUAGGACCUUAGUGUACUUCCAAACCUUAUCUGCUGUGACCUUCACUGUUGAACCUGAUUGGACAGGGAAGCCUUAAACAUUUAAAGUAUUUUCUCCUGGAAUAAGUAUAUGUGUUGUUUACAUAUAUACAUGUAUGUAUUGACACAUCAGUGCUUUUAAUCAAAAAGAACCAAACUUUUUUGUGCAAGUUUUUUUAAUUUAAGAUAAAAACAAUAUAAAGCAGGAUAAAGUUAAUUGAUUAUAUUUUGUUUUAGUAAAAGUAUUUUUAAAUUAUGUAUAAUUUAAUAAUAUAUUUAUUCAUUUAUUGUAUUUAUGUUGUGAUUAACAAAUCAUUGACCUGAUUUAUCCUAGGAACUAUUAAGCUCUUGAAAAUGAAAGAAGCAUUGCCUUGACAGGUUUCUCUUUACCAAAAAUGGUAUAUUUUCAGUCUACCAAGAAGAGCAAUGAGCCUAUGAAACUAAGUUUCUCAUGUGUUCACGGAAAACAGGUUUAUCUGUCUUUAAAUAGCUUUGAAAUCAUGAGUUUGCAUCAUAUCACAUCAGAUAAUUUUAUAGUUCUUUUAGAAAAUGAUGGUCAAUACUUAUCACUCCAGUUUUCAGUAUCAAAAUCUAAAGGACCCUUUCUCCAAUUUGAGAAAGAGGGAGGGUGUACAAUUAAGGUAGCUUGUGAUUUUAAUCUUUGAAAGAUUGCCAUCUUGUGGCAAUAGAUGGUAAUUUUAGUAGUUAUUUUAAUAGCAAUAUUUAGUCCUGUUUUGUCUAAUGUGUUUUAUGGAUGUGGCAUAAUUUUGACUUCUCCAAAUGUGUGCAUACCCGUGUGUGUGUGUGUGUGUGUGUGUGUAUGGGAGAGAAAUACCUGCUCAUAAUAUUUUCUAAUUAUGAAUGGGAGGCUUUGAAAUAAGGAAAUUAUUGGAUUCCUUACCUCUAAUUACAAUAUCCUCAACAGUUUUGAAGGCAGCAAGGUUGCCAGAAUGCUCUCUUAGUCUAGUGAAUUUGGUGCUAGGAGCUCGCUCAUAGCAAAACUACUUUGUUUGAAUAAUUAUGAUGCUAGUGGAGAACUAAAAAUUAUUUACUAUUAUCUUAUUUGUUCCAGUGUUUAUUAAUACCCAGAUUGACAGUUGCCUAUUGAAUUUCAGGAGAAGUGAAGGUCAUUUUAUUUCUUUUCUUUUAACAUUUCAAAACAAUUAUUUUAUGAGUCUAGGUGAUAGAAUAAAUUGGUUUGCAGAGAGAAUUUGGUGACUCAUCUAGCAAAAAAGAAGCUAGAACUUUGUCAUAGCAUAGGUUUUUUGUUUGUUUGUUUGUUUUGUUUUGAGGCUGAGUUUCUCUGUGUAAUAGUCCUAGCUGUGUCCUGGAACUAACUCUUGUAGACCAGGCUGGCUUCGAAUUCACAGAGAUCUGCCUGCCUCUGCCUCCCGAGUGCUGGUAUUAAAGGUGUGUGCCACCACCACCCGGCUUCUUAGCACAGUUUUUUUUCUUUGCUCUUGGGAAUAGAGAAGGAAAGAAUGCUUUGCAAAUUUAAAGUUCCCACACUUUAAUCAACACUGGACAUGGCAAGUACUGAGUUAACAUCAGGCUAACCUAGGGAUAAUUACUGUUAGGUUAUAGGUGUGGGCCUUAUUUAUGUCCUGGAAACGGACUCCAUCUUGUUCUAAAAUAGUAUUUCCUAAAACAAAGAAAUAUCAUGGACUCAUUUUGAAAAACAUUGUGUUCUGUGCUGCUUCUUACAGAAGCAGCACUAAAAUCUUUGAUGAGUUCGUUCAGAAAAAGCAGGCCACAUAAUUGUGUGUGGCCCUACUUUGCCCGAAUUAGUUUACUGUUUUAAAACAUCAGCUGAGGAUGUUGCUUACCAGUAAUCCCACUGGGGAGCAUGAGGCAGGAAGAUACUUUGAGGCCAAACUAGACUAGAUAGAUAUCAAGACCCUGCUUCACAAUGUAAACAAUAAAGAAGCCUGAACAGCCCAUUAGGAAGUAUGGAAAACAGCUGUCCCCGAGUGCCACAGCAGGCGUGGUUGUGAUACUUCAGACAGCACUCCUUCCCUGUCACUUGCUGUGGACAGCCUGAUUGAGGUAGAGCCACACCCUUUACCAUGCGGGCAUGCUUAUCCAGAGCCCGCAGCUUGUGUCACGGCUUGGGUUUCUUAAUAAGACUGAUGUUUUAAGGUAGAACUUCUGUUCUUUUCUUCACUCAGUGGAUGACUGGAAAGUCUUAGACAAGGUUCCUUAUGAAAACCCAGAAGAAUAAGAGACCGGUAACUUGCUGGUAUGGCUCCAUGGAGAGCCAGUUUGAAUUCAUUCUUCCAUGGCCACUGAACAUUUUCUAAGUACUUUGAUUUGGGAAACUAAAAUCGAAGCUGUCUCAAAUUAAGUCUACAGGGAGAGAGAAAAGCAUACCAUUCACAAAUUAGAGUUUUGUUUGGAUGAAGAAACCAUUUUAGAGCCCCUUGCAACCUCUGGUCAUGUACAGAGUGAAGCCAGGGGCCCAAGCUAAGCGGAAAUAUAUGUCCUUGUGUGCCAGGGAAGUGGCUUAUUUAGCACAGUGAAGUCUCUCUGUCAUGCAAGUAAGUCUUCAAAGAUACUUAUAUAGUUCUGGGUGUCCUUUUUUCUUAGCUAGUUUGUACUCAGGGAAUACAAAUUUAAUACUUGAGAUAAAAGGAAAUAUAAUUGGAAAAUAAUCAUAAACAACCAAAUCAGAUUUUUAUACUGCUUUAUCUGUAGUAUCUACUAACAUGUAAGCAUGCUCAGUUAAUGUGGGCCGCGCAUUGAUUUAUACAAUUUAAUAUCCUAAAAUAUACCUACCACAGACGCUGUGGCUCUGUCUGCUCACUGGUUAGUAAGUUAAACUAGUGUUAAGUCUCCUAUCUAAAUGUGGAAUCUGCUCAUAGCCCUGUGUGAUUUGUGUUGGGUUUAAAGAGCUGAAACUCUUCAGUCUGGCAUAUCUCUACCUGUUACCUUUCCUUCAGUUAGCCUGGUCUACAGAGCUAGUUCCAGGACAGGCUCCAAAGCCACAGAGAAACCCUGUCUCGAAAACCAAAAAUAAAAUAAAAUAAAAAAGUAGGAAUCAGGACUUCAGCAGUUCUCAGCAACUCCGUUGAAAAGUUUGGGUGAAAGCUGUGUGCAUCUCUGAGGAAGUUCCGUCUUGGACUUGGCCUCAAUUGUGAGAUCCUAAAAUGCAAGGGAUAGAGAGAAUAGCUGGUGCCCCCUUUGAGCUCUAAAGUUCUGCCUUGUUUACUUCAGAGAAUUCGUGUUAGUGUCCUCUUUUUAUGCAUCUGUAUUUUUAUAUUAGUAUGAAGGUUCUGUCCUAGUUCCAGGCAUUUCAAAGGUGUAUUCUAAGCACAGCUUCGUGGACUGCCGGAGUGCAGACGGCAGAAAAAGUCAGCAAAUCAAGAGCCGCACGUGAAUUUAGCAUUAAUCAGAAAAUGGCUGCUAAUCUUGUGGUGGCAGUGCUAACAAUUUGCAGUUCUGUUCAUGUCCCCUUUCAGUGACCAGUCCAGUGAGCAGGGACAGAAGUCUCUCCGUAAGUCGUGAGUGCCAGACGUGGAUUCAGUGGUACCAGUCACUUGACCUUUCUUCUGGGUUGAACAGUUCGAGUUUGUGAGACUUCUGAUAGGCAAGUACUAAACUAAACACUGGUGUAUUGCUUGUGAGUCCUGGAGUGACAUACAGUAGUUGUAACUGAAUUUAUCUAGUUAAUCAUAAAAGCUAGUUGAUUGUACUAGUUCGAUGUAACUAUGUGAAAUAUUUAUGAUUAUAUUAUAUGAUUUUUAUAAGUAUUUAUAAGUUAUUGAGGGUGCUUGAAAUCUAGAAAAAUUUAUAGAACAUAAUUUUUUCUUCAAUUUUAUUUAUGUGAUUUUGGGGUGUAGGGAGCUUUUUUACUGGGAAUUGAACCCAGGGCUUCACACGCGUGAAGCAAGUGCUUGACCACUGACCUAAAUUCCCUGCCCUUAUUUAUGUGAUUCUUAAAGUACAAUCUGUAAAGGAAAACUAGGCCCAGUCCCUAAGUUGUGACUGUUAGCGAAAAUAGGCUUAUCUAAAUUUCAUAUUGGUGACUUUUUAUUUUGUGCAGAAAUGAUGUGACCCUAUUUUCACAGAGCACUCUCUAUGAACGACCUGGUCACUACUGGCUCGACAGAGAUUCUCUCAAGCCUUUUAAAACUUGGACAUGCAACUUAAGUUAGUAAGCUUUAAAUCAUUCAUAUAGGUAUAUGUACAUAAACAUACACACUAUUUCAACAAGAAAGUGACUUCUUAUACCAGCCUUUCCUUGAAUAUUUGUGAUGCAGUUGAUAGCAUGAGGAACAGGACCCACAGUCUAGACUGGAUUAAGUUUUGAUUAAACUUCUUCAGCCAUAACCUGCUAAGAAUCAGGUCCCAUCCAGAAGUUCUCAGAUUGCAGGCCUGUAUUUUGUGAGCCAACAUUAAUGUUUACUGCCAGCCUUGUACAGCAAUGCCAUUUGUAACUGCAUGUGACUUUUGGUAACUAGAGUUUGUGUCUAUUAGCAGUUCAGAUUUUACAGAGGUAAUUCGCGGUUAUUUGGACAAGCAGGGUGGGUCAAUUCAAUUAUAUUUAAAGUGCAAUUAAGGAAAUUAUAGGGUAUAAUAUUCUUUCCAGUUUUAAAAAAAUAGUUAAGGAUUAGAAGAAUGUCCUAGAAUAAAGAAAAAUUUGAAAAUAGACUUUUUUUUUUUAAAAAAUAAGGUUUAUACAGUCAUUUUUUUUUUAAAAUUCAAGACUUGCUACGUUGUGUUAAAGUUUUAAGGAAAACAGAAGCCUCCUAGGAAAGAAGAAUUGCAUUUUUAUUUUUCUCUUAUUAAUCUGAAUGUGCAUUUUCACAGCUAAAAGUCUCUUGUAAAUAGUAUUUGUUACCAAAUGAAGCCAAUUUUUCUAGAUGGAGAACAUUUUCCAAAAAUGGAAGAGACAUAGAUCCACAGUCUACACAAAGAAAGAAACAGUUCCUGGUGCCUUCUCAAAUAACUGCAGAGAAAAAGCAUAUUAAAGCAAACACACAAUCAAACUCCAUUUUCUUUUGAGUUUUCUGUUUCCCUGUGAGCUGCCCCACAAAAGGUCACGUGGUUUGCUUCUGCUUCUUCAGUUCCACUUGACCAAACCUCACACCAUCACACUAGAAGUUUUUCACUGAAUAGAGUUUCUGUUUCAUUUAUAACACUUUUAAAAGCCACCUGGGCAAACAUUUGGCUACUUUCUUGUGCUUUUAAAAAUGAAUGCAACUACUAGCAAUCUUUAUGUUUUAAAGUAUAUAAAAGAAAGAAACGCAGAGUUGAAGACCGAGUCUAAUUGAAAUCGAAUUCCCUGUUUGCUCCUAUCGCAGCACAGCUAUGUGACCCUGUGUAGUUCUCUCUUGUACAAAAUGUGGAUAAUAACCUACCUCACAGAUGUGUGUGAGAAGCUGUUUGAAAACCUGGAAGUGGGGUUUAUAGUCACACAUUCAGCCUCAGUCUUGGCUUUUUUACUAGACAACCUUGAUACCGACAGGAUGAGGAUCUCGUUUUUAGGUGUCAUAUGUAAUAAGAACAUAGUGCUAAGAAUGUUUAAGACACAGUUCCAUAAAUUAUAGUGUUCUUAUUGUAAGAUGCUUAAAGUUUCCUGGAAACCUCAAAUAUCUAAAUAUCAAAACUGUCUUUUGUUUUAGUAAAUAUUGUUAUUCAGAAUGUUGACUGAAGCUGCCUUAAUGUACCAAAAUACAGCUUUCUGUCAAGACUGUUCACAAAUACCAUGGUUGUACUGUUUUGAGUGUUGAUUGUGAAGUUGUUAUGAACUAUGAACUUGAAGGAUAGUAUUUUGAUAUUAUUUUGGGGGCAAUGGUUGUGUUUUUAUCACGUUUCACUUCUAUAGUGUUUUUUGAAUGUAAACAAUAAAAUUGAACGUUGACAGACACUAGAAGAUGUGUAUGGUUAUAACAUAUUACUGGAUAGUAAUUACUUGAUUUGAUUUUCAGGAACCUGUAAAAUAGUCCCACGGUGUGUUAAUCCUUAGUGCAGGGCUAGAGUAUGUCUCUAUUUGAAAACACUGUUAAAUCAUUGAAAUGGGACUACUUUUUAAAGUUGGUUUCAGAACAGAAGACAACAGACUCGCAGUGAUUUUGCUUAAAUAACUAUAGAUUCUAAUUUCAGUUUUAUUUAUUAAUGCAUUUUUGUGAGUUAAAUGAUCGGUGAGAAAGAUUUUUCUUCAGUAACCAUGUUGAAAAGAUUAGUGAAUUUGAAAGCAUUUCAUAUUCGCAGGUUCUGUCUAAUUAUGUCCGCACUGUAUGGAACUCAUUGGCAAUACACACAAAAGAAAGUGGCCUGAUUGCGUGUCCACAUUUUCCACAAAAUCAAAUUAAAAUCUGGUUAAUUUGAAAGCUCGUUUUGUUUCUGUCCAGUCUCUAAGCUAAUAUUCUGUGUUUCAGCUAAUCAUUCCUGAGAAAGCUUUCUCAGAAAGAACUUGCUUCUGACUCACUGGAGAUUUGAGGCCAUUUCUGUACAUUUUUGUCUUUGUCACUGUACACUGUAUUUUCAACCUGAGCCAUAUCUACGUGUUCUGCUUGAUAACAAAUUGCCCCAGUUGUAAGGGAUACAGAUUUGUUGUUUUACUCCUUGGAAGAGCCAUGGGUAUACUUGUGUUUCCUCAGGUGACUGAACACACGUCUUCUAGCACUGCUCCACCUCUGCUAUAAAUGUACCGUUAGUGAUUAUUACAGGUACUACUGGGAGCAUUGCUUCCUCCUCCUUGACCUCCUCUCCUUUCCCAUUUCUGUUCUUUCUCCUUCCCUCUUGAGUUUUUGGACACAAGGUCUCAUGUAACCCACUUUUACCUUAAACACCUGAUCCUCCUGUGUUUACUUCCCAAGUGUUGGGAUUAGAGGCAUGUACCAUUAUUCCCAGUUUAUGCCAUGGUGGAUAUUAAGCCCGAGUCCCAUGCAUGCAAGACAAGCAGUCUACCACCUAAGUGAUACCUCAGACCCUCUUUUUACUUUUAAAAUACAAAUACUUUGCUGACAUUUAUUCAUUGUGAUUGAUUUUGUAGAUUUUUUUCACAUAAGUAUAACAUCUGCUUUGACCAUAUGUAAUUAGGGCAGAAUUACACACAAUAGUUAUGGGGGUGUGGGAGAAAGUCACUGAAUUACGAGUGAGGGCCCAGUUCCUCCUUUUCCCACCUCCUCCUUCUGGGAAAGAAUGUCAACAAUCUAAAAGCGCAAUCUUGAGGUAAGCAGACAUGGCUAUUCUGAUGAAAGUGAUGGCCACUGUGCCGUAGGGAGUACAACACAGCUCAAGCAAUGGAGGGCGUGAGUGAGAAAGACAUCCCAGCCACAGAGGACAGUGUGUCCCUUGGGACAUGCAGGAAAGAGGGUGCUUUGAGGAGCCCCAGGCUGUGUGUAUGAUUGUACAGUGUGGGGUGGUGCAGACAAACGGGGCACUUGUUGAGGAAGUCUGAGUAAGACUCUAGAGUUACAAACAUUUGUGAGCUGCCAUGUGGGGGCUGGGAAUUGAACCUGGGUUCUCUGAAAGAGCAGCCAG